GGAAAUCAAACAUACCUAUCUGAUCGUACAUCAUUGGACAUCAAAAGAAUAUAAACAUUGGUUCUAAAAAUUUUGAUUUUCUUAAAACAGAUAAGAAUAAAAAACAUACAUAAAUUGCUUUCUAAAUUAAUUUAGGUACUUAUAUACAUAUUUAAGCAUGGAAAGUGAAUUAUGCCAAAUUUGCCAGACCAAUAAAUUCAAAUACUCAUGUCCAAAAUGUAAUAUUUCUUACUGUUCUGUUAAAUGCUAUCAAGAUGAAAAGCAUCUUAUUUGUUCUGAGAAUUUUUAUAAGCAGUGUGUAGAAGAGGAAAUAAGUAAUCAAAUAUCUACUAAAAACACAAAAGAAAUACACAAAAUGCUUGAAAUUUUGCAAAGAGUAUCCAACGAACACGAAAAUAGGGAUUGUGUCUUUGAAGAAGAAGAAAGUCUCGAUGAACUUGAUUCAGAUGAUGAAGAAGAAGAAGAAAGUUUAUUGAAGCGAAUUGAAAACAUUAAUAUAAAUGAUGCUGAUAUUCUUUGGAAUUCUUUAACAAAACAAGAAAAACUAAAAUUUGAAAAUUUAAUAGAAAACGGUGAAAUAAGCAAAGUUGUUCCACCGUUUCAUCCAUGGUGGUCAAAGAAGAUUUCUGUAAAAAUUGUUAGAGAUAUUGAUUAUAAAGAAGAAGAAGAUUUAAAAACAUUAGAUUAUCCACCAAUUGCAGAUAAUAUAGCAAGUUUUGAUAACAUUAUGAAAAAAUCACCAAGUUUAUCAAUUAGAUAUAGUUUAAGUAAUAUUAUUGGAGCUUAUACUUGCAUUGUUAGAUAUUAUGCUGGUGACCAUUUAUUAAGUUCCUUAGAGGCAGCAAAUUAUCUAUGGAAGUUAUCAAGUGUUCUAAGCAAAAAAUCGGUUUUCAAUAGUAAUGAAGAAGCUUUAAAAUCUAUUAUAAUCGACGGACAAAAUGAAGCUUUGGGAAUGGAUAUAGAAGAUUAUUCAGUAAUCUAUAAAGAUGUAAAUGAUAUCUUUAAUGGACCAUUUGAAAGAGAAAAUUCUGAUAUAUAUAAAUUGUCAGCCCUUUCUGAUAUUCAAAAUAUAUUUAUUAAAGCUAAGCAUGAAAUAAAGAACCAGAAAAAACAAAAUAAAAGUGAUUUUUCAAAAAAAUUUGCUAAUGUCCCAAUUGAUGACGAGUUGAAUAAAGAAAAUUUAAAGAAAAUAAUAAAAAAAAUAGAUUUUUUUUUAUCAUAUGUGAAAAGCCAAGUGCAUCUUGAAUGUAUUUAAGGCAUAAUUUUUAACUGUAAUAUUUGUAUUAUAAUAAUAAAAAUUUUAAUAAAUUAAUAAUUUUUA